AUGUUGCGACAGAUGCUCCCUCGCGCCGGGAGGGCUUUCAGAGCGCCCGCUGCCCGCCAACUACUGCCAUUGAGCGCGAGACACGCCGCCAGAUGGUAUAGCAUCCAGCCCGAGGCGGCUUCGGCUGCCAAGCCCGUCGGUCUCGAUGCGACCAAGCUGCAGAUCACCAAGACGACGAAUCCGAAGGAACCUCAUGAUCCCAAGACCCUCGUGUUUGGCAGGGAAUUCACAGACCACAUGCUCACGAUAGAAUGGACCCAGACCGACGGCUGGUUAACUCCCCAGAUCACACCCUACCAGAACCUCUCCCUCGACCCGGCAACAUGUGUGUUCCACUACGCCUUCGAGUGCUUUGAGGGCAUGAAGGCGUACAAGGACAAGAGCGGCAACGUCCGACUCUUCCGGCCAGACAAGAACAUGGAGCGUCUGAACAAGUCCUCGGCCCGUAUCGCAUUGCCCACCUUUGAGCCCACCGCCCUCAUCGAACUGAUCACCAAGUUCGUCAAGCUCGACGAGCGCUUCAUCCCCAACGAGCGCGGCUACUCGCUCUACCUGCGCCCGACCAUGAUCGGCACCCAGAAGACCCUGGGUGUCGGCGCCCCCGGCAGCGCCCUGCUCUACGUCAUUGCCAGCCCCGUCGGCCCUUACUACCCUACCGGCUUCAAGGCUGUCUCCCUCGAGGCGACCGACUACGCCGUCCGCGCAUGGCCCGGUGGUGUCGGCGACAAGAAGCUCGGCGCGAACUACGCGCCUUGCAUUGUUCCCCAGCUUGAGGCGGCGAGCCGCGGUUUCCAGCAGAACCUGUGGCUGUUUGGCGAGGAGGAGUACGUGACCGAGGUUGGCACCAUGAACAUGUUCGUGGCCCUCAAGAACAAGGAGACGGGCCAGAAGGAGCUGAUCACUGCCCCGCUGGACGGCACCAUCCUCGAGGGCGUCACCCGCGACUCGAUAUUGUCCCUGGCGCGCGAGAAGCUGGCGCCCGAGGGCUGGGCCAUCGUCGAGCGCAAGUACACCAUGAAGGAGCUGGCCGAGGCGUCGGCGGACGGCCGCCUGAUGGAGGCGUUCGGUGCCGGCACCGCCGCCAUCGUGAGCCCCGUCCGCAAGAUCAGCUGGAAGGGCAACCUCGUCGACUGUGGCCUGAGCGACCAGGAGGAGUCGGGCGAGAUCGCGCUGCGCAUGAAGGGCUGGAUCGAGGCGCGGCAGUACGGCGACGAGGAGCACGAGUGGAGCUACGUCUGCUAG